AUGGGGAAAGUCACAUUCUCACAUUAUUUGCUAUACUUUCAGCCAGUAUCUGAACACACUUCACUCACUGGCUGGAAACAUGGAGGAGAGACUCAGCGUCAGAUCAACAGCCAGAUCUCCACAGGUCAUGAUGUCUCUACCAUUGAAACUAUGCCUUCAAACACCAGCAAAGCUGGAGAGGGCCACCACAGCCAGCACCAGCCAUCCUACAGCAGGUUCUCUCAUUUCCACAGAGAGCACGAGUUGUGUGAUGAGGAACCUGGGAUGGAUUCAAUUUCAAAACACAACGAGUCCUUUGAGCACACGGCCCUAAGAGGGAGUGUAUCUUCUACUCCAGCACAGCGCCACAGGCACUCUUCCACUCUGCACGAGAUGCACCUUCAGGGCGUGCCGGUGGCUUACGACAACAUCAAAGUGGUGGGUGAGCUCGGGGACAUUUACGACGACCAGGGAUUCAUCCACCUGAACAUCGAGGCGGACUUCGUCGUCUUCAGCCCCAAGAAAGGGAAAAAACUGGUGGGUGUAAUUAAUAAAGUGGCCCCAAGUCAUAUUGGCUGCCUGAUACAUGGAUGCUUCAAUGCUUCUAUCCCUAAACCUGAGCAAAUGUCGAUUGUACAGUGGCAAGAGCUGGGGUUAAAAAUAGGGGAUGAACUGAAAUUUCAAGUAUUGCACUUGGAUUCUGAUGCAGCUGGGGUGUUCUUCAUUCGAGGAGGACUCACUAAAAGCAGCAUGCGGCCCAAACGAUCGGAGACCACCACUGACCAUACAAAUGGAGAUGAAAUUCAAAAGCUUGACCACCAGGAAAAUGGCUUGAAUGACUCUGGGAAAGAUAAUAUCACAGAGGAGCCUCUAGGUGAGACGGGUAACACUGGGACGGAAAAUGCAGAAGAGCAAAGUGUUGAUGCUGUGAAUGGAUUAUGUGAUGGUAAAAACAAGAAGAAGAAGAAGAAAAAGAAGAAGCAUAAGCAAGAAGAACAGGAACAUGUAUUGCCUGCCAGUGACUCCAGCGGUUACCAAAGUGACCAUAAAAAGUCAAAGAAAAAGAAAAGAAAGCAUUGCGAUGAAGUUGAAGAAAGUGAAUUAUCUCAGCCGUCACAAGAACCCAAAGCUAAAAAGAAAAAGCACUGAAGUCUGAAGUGCCUUUCCUGAAUAAGAUUUCAGACGUUUUUGAUAAGCUUCCAAUAAAAUCCCAUGUUCAAACUG